AAAAACAAACAACAAUGCAAAAGAAAUUCUUUUCCAGUUGCUUACUUAUUCUAGUUUUUCUGAUAAUAAUCAAUUACUAUAUAAUAUUCUUCAUAAACUUCAAGAUGUAAAAUCAGCUUGGACUAAGGAACAUGUU